AUGAAGAGGAUACCCGUUGUAAUUGCAGGCUGCGGUGGCGUCGGACGACAGCUUCUGGAGCACAUAGUCAACUGCAGAGCUCUUCACUCUAAGCAGGCACCCGAUGCUCUACCCUUCUAAAACCCGGGGGAUGGGGGAUUAUUUGGCCCCUGUUCCGUCUCGGCUAUUCUUUCCGCCCCGCGCUUCUUGGUCUCGGGGAGCCAGUCUCUCGUGUUUCCUUCUGAAAUUCGGUGUCGUUUUCGUCGCCUUUUCGUCUGUUUUGUAACCGGGGUUAGGGUAGAAAUCGUAGCCUGAAUGAUGGGGGUGCCUUGUCUUAGCAGGGAUUGGUUCUGCGCGUUGUGGGUGUAUGCGACAGUCAGUCGAUGCUGGUGGCGAACGACAUUUUCACGGAGGAAUUGAAUGACGACGUCCUGGCGCGAAUUUGCCUUGAGAAGUCCCGCGGCACUUCUCUGUCAGAGCUUAAUGAUAUCGGUACAUUCCGUACGCUAGAAGCUCCGUUUUAUAUACUACCGCAAUGCAAUCUUUCUUUGGUAGGAGCUUACCGACGCCGUUGUUCUUUUUCGGUGCUGGAUGGAGCUCAAACAAUCCACUUCUCGUCUUUCCAUAGACAGCAUUGAGGCCUCUAAUAAAGAAUUAGAGAUAACUUAGCCGUUUAGGCUGAAAAUAUGGCACGAAGAAGUAUCCUCAAACAGUCAGCGGAAAAGAAUGAAGUACAAAAUAAAGUCUUUCAGUAGCCCUUGUAUAGACCGUCAAGUAACUGGAAGGAUGGCUGCCUAGUUCUAUGCCGCAACAAAAUGUAGCCAAGCGUUACCUAGCUUGAUUUUUUAAAACUAAACUCGUCCUUUCCUUUAAGCUCUUGCACUUUACAUCACAAAUCCUUAAUUUUCGGUUCUUCUGUAGAAAGAGGCUCAGGAAUUGCUUCUGUAUACAUCGUUUUAGUUAACAUACCAGCUGAUUAGAAAUGACGAGAAAUUUCUCUACCAUUGGACACUGGGACAUCCAUUCUGCCUAUACAAGAAUUCUUCGUGAAGGUAACGUCCUGAACUUUCUUCCUAUUGUUAGAGGAACCUAACAGAAAAGCCCAAAGAACGCUUGCAAACGGUUCUCCUUCAAUAGGUGUUGAAACAGGAAAAUAAUAGUGUAGCUGGUGCCUAUCACUCAAAAAAAGCCAUAAUAAAAGAGCACCCUUCCCCUGUAUUUUGGAUUCCUAACUGUCUUGUCGCUGUCUUUUCAUUUUCUGUUUCUUAUGCUAUGAAACUCCUAUGAACUCCCCAACCUCAACAGACAAGCCUAAAGCAAUUUCUCAGGAAUAUAAGAGGCAUGGAAAUUGCCAACAUUCAAUGUGAGAAAUACCUUGAUGAGAAUCACAACUAAGACUAAAUAUUGCGGAAAGCUUUCUGAUAUGUUGAAGAUAAAUGUUUGUUUCUUGUAUUACUCAUUGAAUCUCUAGUUUAACAGAUAUAAUGCGCUUUUAUCAUUCUAAAUGAAGUGAUGAUUGCUGUAGCCCUCCAACCGCUGCUCCAUAUUUAUCUUCCUUCUCUACAUGGACGUUGGGAAUCUGCUUCACCUCUCUCUCUCUCUCUCUCUCUCUCACACACACACACACCCCCACACACCCCCACACACACACUCGCUUGCUGCCCCUCUCCACACACACACAUGCACACGCACACACACACACGGCAAAAUAUUUAUAUGCUGAAGGAGGGCAACGGAGCUAGACAGAUAAAUGGUUGGUGGAGCUGAACCUUUAUAUUUCUUUCAUCAAUUGCAGGUGACUGCCAAGUCUUCGACUAUAAAGAAGCAACCAUGCAGGUUAUUGAUAUCGCUGGUCUUCUAGGCAGAUCAACAGGUUUGUCAGAUAUGUGCAUUUGUUGUGUUCUCAACUUUGUCCCUUGGCAAUCCAUAUGUAAGGCACACGAACAGAGAUUGCUUAAGUAUCAAAGUCUACGUCAAACUUCAAAAAGGACAUUUUAUGCUAGUCUAAUACACUAGAUUUAUACUACUACACUUUCUAAUAUGCCAUUCUGAUUGCAACCGUUUAGCAACUCGAAUAUCUAUGAUUUGCUUUUUCGCUGUUGUUUGCUGUAUUUUCAUUAUUUCUGAGCUGUCUCUGUUUUGUUUUUUCCCAACAGGUUUGGCGGUUGUUGACUGUACGGCCAGCUCUGAGACUCUUGAAGUGUUGAAACAAGUCAUUGACUCCGGCUGCUGUGUGGUGCUGGCAAACAAGAAGCCACUCACUUCAUCAAUGGUAAGUGCUCCACUGCUUCUUCAGAUAAUAGUGACGAUGAAUACUGCCAGCUAAUUUUUUUAUUAUCGCUUUUGAAUUUACUUCAGGCAGCCUUUAAUGAUAUGACCAGGCCUUUUAUAUUGAUUUCAGGAAGACUAUCAAAAGUUAACAUCCCACAUCCGCCGAAUCAGAUAUGAGUCAACUGUAUGCUCUCAUUGCCACUCAUCUUUGUUGUCUCAGUUCUGCUUAAUGUAUUAGGUAGACAAUAUGAGGGAGAUUUUUUGUCUGUAUUUUGUUUAUAAUAAAUAUUUUACUACGAAAUUCGUUAUAUAUUUAUCAUGAUUUGGUACAGGAAUACUUGUUUAAUUAAUUAUGAAGCUUAUGAGCAUGAUGACAAGAAAAAAUAUCUUCAUACGUACCCGUGUGCUUCUGGACGCAUCUCCACAUUAUGUUUGAUAUGCCUUAACUUUCGAUAGCCUUUUAGCCUCUGCAUGUUGUAAUUGGGAAAUAUUCUUGUUCAAAUUUUACACAUUGAUAAUUUCUACAUCUUUUCAUAGUGUAAUAAGAUUCUUUUUGUGGGUCAUUUGGUUUUUCAUGCUGCCAUCACAGCAAUAAAGCAAUAACACCAAGUGUCUCCUAUCCCCAGGUUGGAGCUGGACUUCCCAUCAUAGCCUCUGUAACACGUGUAGUUGCCUCAGGAGACUCCGUAUUUCGUAUUGUUGGGAGCUUAAGUGGUACAAUUCCCGUCAGCAUGUAUAUUAGUACGAUAUUGCUAUUUUUGACUGGACUGGUUUCAUGUGGGUUUUUAUUUUCACGUAAAUGUGUAAAACAACAGGCACUUUGGGGUAUGUCAUGAGUGAAGUGGAGACUGGGAAGCCUUUCAGUGAGGUUGUUCAGGCAGCAAAGCGCCUUGGUUAUACUGAACCUGGUUAGUUUGUUUAUGUUGUACCCGUGUAAAGUUAUGGUUGCUUUCUAGAUUAAUGUUGUAUCGUCUUCCUCGAUCCUGUUGUCUUAAUAGUUGUUUUUACAGCACAGCAUAAAUUUAUUCUAUGCAAAUCAUGCUGACAAUUUAUCAUUUUCUUGUCCUUUUAGAUCCUCGUGAUGACCUGAGUGGUAUGGAUGUUGCCAGAAAGGUGUGGGUGAUACCAAUCAUUGCUUAAUCUAUUUCCCACAUUAAACUGUUUCAUGGCAGACUUAUUCCUGGUGGCUUACAAAUGUCUCUUUCAGUUUUUGGUGACCAACGUAAUUAAUUCUUUUAUUAAAAACAAAAUAGGCAUUGAUCCUGGCUCGACUAAUUGGAUGGCAGAUUAAUUUGGAUGACAUUACGGUACACCAUGUGCCAUCAUCUUGAAUGCUCUUUUAAUUUUACGUCAACAAAUCACUUAUUCAUCUCUAUUUUCCUUUGUUUUCUUUUUUCUUUUUCCCCAGGUGGAAAGCUUGUAUCCUGAGGAAAUGGGGCCCAAUUCCAUGUCAACAGAGGACUUUCUUGGUGGUGGUCUUUCAUUAGUAGACAAGGAUAUUGCUGAGAGAGUGAGGGUGGCCUCUCUGAAGGGCAAUGUCCUUCGUUACGUUUGUUUGAUUGAGGAUUCAAGGUACCAUUUAUGUGACCUGCUUCAAAAUCUACCUGUCAAUAAUACUAGGAAUUUCCUCUUUUCUUUGCUCCUUAUGCAUCACAAAAGUAUCUAACUUGCAUCAUAAAAGUAUUUAGUUUAUGUGAUGCCCGAUUCUAUAUGUUUUCUUUCUAGAGGUCAGAGCAUGUAUUCAUUGUAUUCACUAGUGGAAGCUUCUUUAUUCCAUCUAGGCCGCCACCAGGAAGUAUUCAUAGAAAAAAAAUUGCCAGAUGGCAAUGCCUCACUUGAUGUAUAAUUGAUUAUUUUCUGGCUAAUUUCAACAGGCUACUCGGUUUAUUUAGCCUUAAUUUGGGUCUAUAACCGCAAGGACGCACUGAACAUUAUCAGGAUAUCCACUGAUUUCUCCUUUAGAGACCUGAUGUAACCAGAUAAGCCUAGGCUUUUCGUUCUUUAAAAAUUUCUUGCCAUUUGUUUUUCUCAAAGUGGCUAUUCCUCCCCCCUUGGUCUGAAGCGCACAUCCCCCUGAAAUUAGAGACUAGAACGCCACCCGAUGAUCGUGGACGUUUUGGGAAGUGAGCUACUUAUUCAAUUAAGCGACUUAUCCUGCCUCAAAUAUAUUGGCUAGGUCACUUGAUGUUGUCAUUUCAGUCAGAUCCUGAUGAAGAGAAUCAAUGGUGCCUCAUAAUCCAGUUAUUUAGACGGGAGCCUGAUUGAUUUCAGCCUUGUUCCUGUGAUGGGGAGUGCUGGAUACUCCCUCUUUUAAUUAUAAGUCCAUGUCUCCACGUAAUAUAUCGAAAUUUAUUGUCCCGGGGCAAAAGCAUGGAAGCUUUUUUGACAAAAUUUGGAGAAAACAGAUCGGAGGGAAGAGAUAAAAAAUCGUUGUAUGUUUUCACAAAGUGAUUGUGGGAACAAGCUUUAGCAUGUUGAUCAUCAUCUGUCUAUUCAUUUUAACUAAUUUCCUGUUGUUUUUUUGUUAGAUAAACAUGCUGUAUAAUAUUUGCAGGGUUCAAGUUGGUUCACAAGAGAUAUCCAAAGCCUCUUCAAUUGGACGAUUGAGAGGAAGCGAUAAUGUGGUAACCUAAUCUCCUGACGACCUCUUCUCAUUCCUUGACUUUUUUUGCAAAAUCUACAUAGAUAAUGAAAUCGUUUGCAUGCGUUGCAAUGAAUCGAGCUAUCUCGUUAAAUUCAUUCCAACAUAGUCGUUGGUAUGCCAACGCUUUUUAAUCUAGACGCGUUAGUUUGUGUGAUCCACAGCCAUGGUGGCGCUUAGACGUUCAUUUAAUGUGCAGGUGGAAAUAUACAGCAGGUGCUAUAAGGAAUAUCCUUUGGUGAUUCAGGGAGCUGGCGCAGGAAACGACACUACAGCCGCUGGAGUUCUGGCUGAUCUCAUAGAUCUCCAAGAUCUCUUCAAGUAA